AUGGCCGAUUCCAGCUCUACCCCCGCCAAGGAGCCGUCUGCCGGUGACAUCGCCUUCAUGGUCCUCGUCUUCAAGCAUAUGAAGGAGAAACCCGCCCUCGACUGGAACGUCCUUGCGACCGCUGGUGGCUUCAAGAACCAGAACGUCGCCAUGACUCGCUACUCUCAGAUCAGAAAGAAGCUGGGUACGACCGAGGCCGCCGCCCCCAAGACCCCGACGAAGAAGAAGGCCGGUGACAGUCCCGCCUCCGCCUCGAAGGUCACGAAGUCGGGUGGUCGCGUUGGCACCAAGGGUAAGAAGGGAAAGGCAGUCAUCAAGGCUGAGGAGGCUGAGGACGACGAGGAGCCUAUCGUCAAGCCGGAGGUUGAUGACCGCGAGGCUACCAUCAAGCCAGAGUCCGACAACUAA